CUCCACGUUCCGGUAUCCACCGAAUUGCGUUCUUCCAACGUGUGCUUCUUCCAACUCAUCUCAAUACCAUAGAAGAACAAACAGUGAAAGGAGCAUUUGCAUCAUAAUCAUUGAAGAAAUCGACAUGACGAUUCCCAGACAGCCGGUGAAAUCGGCCGGACCGAUAUCUUCUUCUGGAACAAACACGUGUCCAAGUGGAGGGAGAUGCGAGUGGACCAGCACGAUUGAUAUGGCAGCCGACCUGUACGCGAAUGGAUCUGUGAAGUCAACGUCCGACAGAAUUACGGGCAGCAUGAGGCAACGUAAGACCGGCACGCUUGGCGCCGCGGCGCCUAUGUCUACAGAAGAAGAACGAUUGAAGUUUCAAGACAACAGGUUCUUGACGACAUUAGUACUCGGGAGAAAUAGGAAAAUCUCGCCAGACAUUUUGCCGUCGUGUUCCCCGGGUAUUUUCCGGCAAAAGUCGUUCGGUGCGUCGACACCACCGAAGAACAACGCGGGCGUACCUGCGGCGAAAAGUCAUCAACGCGCAGGCGCGGAACCGCGAGAUCCACGUGAGCCGAAGGCACCUAACAGUGGUAGCGCACGUUUAAAGAGCGGCGUGUUACUUCUCGCGCGGGGCACCCGAGGCACCAGCAAGCACGCACGUCUUGGCACGACGCUGGCGAACAAAAUGGCGUCCUCGAGCUCUACCACGGUCGUGCAGGGCUGGCCGAACACCAAGGACGACUAUGAGCUCAAAGAGGUUAUUGGUGUUGGUGCAACCGCCGUAGUACACGCAGCAUUUUGCAUUCCACGACAGGAAAAAUGCGCGAUCAAGAGAAUAAAUUUGGAAAAAUGGAACACAAGCAUGGACGAACUUCUGAAAGAAAUACAGGCAAUGUCCUCGUGCAAUCACGAAAAUGUGGUCACAUAUUACACGUCAUUUGUCGUGAAAGAGGAGCUUUGGCUGGUACUCAGGUUGUUAGAAGGUGGAUCCCUAUUGGACAUCAUCAAACACAAAACCAGAACUACAAACUGUAAACAUGGAGUGUUUGAUGAAGCUACAAUAGCAACAGUCUUACGGGAAGUACUCAAAGGCCUUGAAUACUUCCAUAGUAAUGGGCAAAUCCACAGGGACAUAAAAGCCGGUAAUAUCCUACUAGGAGAAGAUGGCACCGUGCAGAUAGCCGACUUCGGUGUCAGUGCCUGGUUAGCGACUGGUCGAGAUCUAAGCAGGCAAAAAGUCAGACACACGUUUGUGGGCACACCCUGCUGGAUGGCACCCGAGGUCAUGGAGCAGGUGAGAGAGGACCAUGGCUAUGAUUUCAAAGCAGAUAUUUGGUCGCUUGGCAUCACUGCCAUCGAAAUGGCCAGUGGUACAGCUCCAUACCAUAAGUAUCCACCAAUGAAGGUGCUGAUGUUAACUCUGCAGAAUGACCCACCAACUUUAGAUACUGCCGCCGACGAUAAAGACCAAUACAAAGCCUAUGGAAAAACAUUCCGGAAAAUGAUUGUCGAUUGCUUGCAAAAAGACCCGACAAAGAGACCAACAGCAACAGAGCUGCUGAAACAUCCAUUCUUCAAAAAAGCAAAGGAUAAAAAGUAUUUACAGCAGACUUUGGUAGCUUGUGGUCCUAGUCUCGAAACUCGAGUACAAAAGGCUUCAAAGAGACAACCCGGUACAUCGGGUCGUCUACACAGAACAGUUACAGGAGAAUGGGUUUGGUCUUCGGAGGAAGAAGACAGUAGCGCGUCUAGUGGCGAUGAGGGCAAAGAAGCUCUGCCGGUUAACACGAUCGAAAACGCAUCUAGUACCGAAGAGGAACCAGAAGAGGAGUUUUAUGGACAAGUGAAGUCAGCACGAAGUCACAUUGUUGUGCAAGCUACCGAGUCGAAUGUUCCUAUAAACUUGGUGCUAAGAUUACGAAACCAGAAACGAGAGCUUAACGACAUCAGAUUCGAAUUCGCUGUUGGAGUUGAUUCCGCCGAAGGAAUCGCGGCGGAGCUAGUUGGUGCAGGAUUGGUUGACGGCAAGGAUAUCGUCGUGAUUGCUGCAAACUUGCAAAAACUCAUAGACAGUGCCGGGCAGUUGCGGACUGUAACAUUUUCACUGAAUUCUGGUCAUGCAGCAAACGAAGUGCCGGACGACAAGGCAUUGAUAGGAUUUGCUCAGAUCUCCAUCACCGAUUAAAGCAACACAUGGAAGUUCUCGAAAUCUCUCAGGAUACCAUUCUUAAACGUCAGUUCAGAGAAUGGAAAGUAUCAAAAGCUGAUGGAUUCUCUCGAUAUCUGAGAAUUUGAGAAAAAAGAUUUACCAAUUCUUAAACUCAAUUCUACCAAAAACAAUUCUACCAUUCGUUUGUUGCUUUCUCACGGCUUUUGCUACUUUCACUUCCUUAGUUCUAACCAUAAACAUAUGAAAUACAAACUACGAGUGCCAAAUGAAGAGUGUGACCCGUAUUGGAAAAGAAAUGCCUAGCCCUCAGUUGAUAUUGUUGGAUUAUAGGAAACAAAGGUUAAUUUUAAGUCUGAUUAUAUUUAGUUUUAAAGUAUUUAAUUUUGAUUUGUGUAUUUUAUACUUUGCACGAUAUAUGUUAUUGAUGGUCUUUAUGACGUAAAAUAUACCAUAAAAAUUAGCGUGGAAUAUUCUGAAAUUAAGUAACUAAUCCUAAAGUUUUGUAGGUCAACUACAAUCGAAUAAUACCAAUUGAGGAUUAACGCGGUCAUCCUUUCCCUUUCUAACAGAUAUUUAUUUCUAGCAGAUAAAAAAGGAAAAAGAGAUCUCGUUAUUAAUUUCCAUCUCUUUCUCAAUGAACCCCAUUUUCUCAAUAAGGCAUUCGCGGUCUGUACUUCUUACAUACAUGGUUCAAAAAAAAAAAAUACAGAACAAUGAAUAGAAUUCAUUUGUUGAUGGACUGCUUGGAUGCACAUUCAAAGCUAUAUGCAGAACUAUCAGUCUUAUGAAAAUAGAGAAUAGAUUAUGAAUGCUGAUAUUAAUAGGAAGAAAGAAGCUGACAGAAAAUAAUCAAGGGUAGUUCGCGAUGAGCUUCUGUGGUGAAAAAGUAUUGAUCCAAUUCUGCCAACUGUUCGGUUCUGAACCUGCGAAGAUAGAGGAGAAAACAAUAUAGUACUGGCUUAAGUUUUCACUUGCUCUAAUCAUUAAUGGCUGUAGUCUCAUAUAUUCAACCUAUAUCACUCAUAUUAUUGCAUUAAUUCCUGUGUAAAUAUUAAUAGUCGAUGAAUUCCUCGAGAGUUUAGGUUUAUCCGGCUCGCAUAAGCGAGCAUGACAGAAUUUCAAAUAAUUAAGUAAACGAGUGGCGAACUGUCGAAAGGUGCUUAAAAACACAUCUGACUUACUUAUUUGAAAUGCCAGACAAACAAAUGAUAUAUAUAUCAUAUAUCAUUGAAUAUAUACACAUGAAUCACUAUGAUCACAUGAAUAUAUAUAUUUAUAUAUAUAUAUUCUUUUUAGUCUUUCUUGAAAAAUAUGCGCAAUGGUCGAAUGCAUAUCGUGUACUAGAAGAAAAAAACGAAAAAAGAGAAAGCGGGAAAAAAGCAGUCGUCAGUCUUUCCUCCUGUACGAUGUAAAGGUCGUUUAGCGUAUUUCCUUAUGCUUCACGUUACAGGAUCGUAGAACACGCGAAAGUACUAAAGAAACGUGUUUUGUACUUAAUUAAAUAGAAUUAACGAAUAGUGGAUUUAUUAUUUUGUAGCUUCAAUAGAAACAAACGGUUGAGAAAUGGAAAAUUACGAUUCACACGUCUUUAUCGGUGAUUUAAAAAAAAAGCACUCAUAGAUACAGGUUCUAGGAAUGGUUUGUAAUAACCCUUUGAGGUCUUAUUUUCUGGUCAGACUCGAAAUUAUUUAUCAAUUGUUCAAAAACAAUUGAUUCAAAAAUUAUUCAAUAAUUUAUACGUAAAAGAGAAAACUUUUCAUGAUAUAUCCAGUAUGUAUUAUGUUUCAUUAAUAAUAUAAUAUUAAUGUUCAUUCUCUUUUGUUCAUUGCAUACUUUUAUUUACUAAACUGUAGCUAUAUUUUAAAAGUCCGAAAUAAGUGGUCUCGAGACUUAAUAGUGUAUUGAUUUUGAUGUAAAAAAAUUGCCUGAUGAGACAUAAACGACACAAAGGGUUGUAAAUUACAUUGUGUUGGAAUCACAUUAAAUAGAAUGAGAUAAAAUAUAAGCGCAACUAAUUCUGCAUUUGAUUGAUAGAACCGUGAAAAUGUAUGUGAAUUAUACAGGGCAAAUAAAUGAUCGUAAUUAGCUUGUUUUAAAAUAAUGUGAUUCUGGUUUUAAGCGAGUUUCUGAUCCACGUAGUGACUCUUGUAAGAUUGAUAAAGGAAACAAAUAUUUUUCGCAAUAUUAUAAAUAUAUCGAUAAAUGAAGAUGAUGGUACAUAGAAAUGGAAAUAUUUAUUGCUUGGAAAAACAAUACAAAAAGGAGGUUUCAAAUGAAAUAAAGCCUAGAAUUAUUCUAACGAAUGAAUAACAUUUUUUAAUUAAAGUAGAAUUCCUUUAUCUAUUGUAAAAACGUCUAACGGUAGAUUUUUAUAAAUCACUUGCAAAAUAUAAAAUUCCUUUGUAUUUCACGAGAAAAAUUGUCGUAUUUGCUUACAAGUAAAAAUUGUUACGGAAAAACUAUUGAUGCUUGUUAACUCCUGUUGGAUUUCAUUUUUUUUUUUUUUUUUUUUUUUUGCAGUAAUGCGUAUCAUUAAACAAGAGCAAUGCAUUUUAACACAAUUGACCGAGAAAUAGUUUUGUCUUCAACGAUUCUUUAUUUUUAUAGAAUUAUUAGAGAGAAUUUAAUUGUUUGUGAGAAAUGGAUAAUCAAACUUGAAUAAAGCAAUUCAUAACUUUUGAA